AUGCAUAGCGACAUAUUUGCUUACUCUACCUCUAUCUUGAAGUGUUUUUGUGCAUUAGAGCGCCACUCGGAGCAGGUGUCUCGUCUUGUCAAGAUUCCUGGUAUAAUCAUAUCCUCUACAGCUGUGAGGGCCAAAGCCACCAAAGUGUGUCUUCAGUGCCGUGGAUGCAGAGCGGUUAUCAGUAACAUUCCUCUGCCACCGGGACUGCAGGGUUACGCUCUGCCCCGCAAAUGCAACACUGAGCAGGCGGGCCGUGUCAAGUGCCCUGUGGAUCCGUAUUUCAUUAUUCCAGACAGAUGCAUGUGUGUGGAUUUCCAAACUCUGCGUCUGCAGGAAGCGCCGGAUGCCGUUCCACACGGAGAGAUGCCUCGACACAUGCAGCUCUACUGCGACAGGUACUUAUGUGACCGUGUAGUACCAGGCAACAGAGUAACUGUCACGGGCAUCUACUCCAUCAAGAAGGUGGCGCAGACCAAGGCCAAAGGUCGCGAUAAGGGAGCAGGUGUGGGCAUCCGAUCAGCGUACCUGCGCGUUGUCGGCAUUGAAGUGGAUACUGAGGGAGCAGGCCGUGGAGCCUCUUGUUCAGUUUCUCCUCAGGAGGAAGAGGAGUUGAGGGCUCUGGCUUCCUCUUCCUCCGUCUAUGACUCGCUGGCUCGCUCUCUGGCCCCGUCCAUCUACGGUAGCGACGACCUGAAGAAAGCCAUAGUGUGCCUUCUGUUUGGGGGCUCCAGGAAGAGGUUGCCUGAUGGUUUGACACGCAGAGGGGAUAUUAACUUGUUGAUGCUGGGAGAUCCAGGCACAGCCAAGUCUCAGUUGCUGAAGUUUGUGGAGAGAUGUUCUCCGAUUGGGGUCUACACGUCUGGUAAGGGCAGCAGUGCAGCUGGUUUGACCGCCUCAGUGCUGCGAGACCCCAACACUCGUGGUUUCGUCAUGGAGGGUGGUGCCAUGGUGCUGGCUGAUGGAGGAGUGGUCUGCAUUGAUGAGUUUGACAAGAUGAGAGAGGAUGACCGAGUCGCCAUCCAUGAGGCCAUGGAGCAGCAGACCAUUUCUAUCGCAAAGGCUGGCAUUACCACCACUCUGAACUCCCGCUGCUCUGUAUUGGCCGCUGCCAACUCGGUGUUCGGCCGCUGGGAUGAUACAAAAGGAGAGGACAACAUUGACUUCAUGCCCACUAUUCUGUCUCGAUUUGACAUGAUCUUCAUCAUCAAAGACCAUCAUGACCAACAGCGAGACAUGACUUUGGCCCGGCACGUGAUGAACGUUCACAUGAGCGCUCAGACGCAGACGGAGGGUGUCGAGGGAGAGAUUACUCUGGCCACGCUGAAGAAAUACGUCGCCUACUGCAGAGCGAAAUGUGGACCCCGUCUGUCUGCGGCGGCCGCAGAGAAACUGAAGAACAGAUACGUGGUGAUGAGGAGCGGAGCGAAGGAACACGAGAGAGAGACCGACAGACGUGUGUCCAUCCCCAUCACUGUCAGGCAGCUUGAGGCCGUGGUGCGCAUUGCAGAGUCUCUCGCUAAGAUGAAGCUGCAGCCCAUCGCUGGAGAGGAAGAGGUGGACGAGGCUCUGAGACUCUUCCAGGUGUCCACACUGGACGCGGCUCUGUCCGGCAUAUUACUUCGGUGCAUGUUUUAUAAUAUCCAUGAUUAG